AACAGAGAAGAGAAAAUUGAGUUUCUUUUUCAAGAAGUCAUGGAGAUGUCGGGAAGCUUGACUUGCGUUGUCGUGGCGGUAGAUGGAAGCGAGGUGAGCAUGGAAGCUCUGAGGUGGGCAUUGGACAACCUCAAGCUCUCAUCGCCUUCUCCCGAUUCAUCAUUCGUCGUCCUCCAUGUCCAGCCUUCGCCUUCUGUCGCCGCAGGCGUUAGCCCCGGAACCAUCCCUUUCGGUGGUCCCAGUGGUCUAGAGGUUCCUGCUUUCACCUCUGCGAUCGAACAACACCAGAAACGGAUCACAGACACCAUCAUGGAUCACGCUCGUCUGAUUUUUGCAGAUAGACCGGUGAAUGUGAAAACGCAAGUGGUGGUUGGUGAUCCAAAGUAUAAGAUAUGCGAGACUGUUGAGAAUUUGCACGCAGAUCUGCUUGUCAUCGGCUCUCGGGCUCAUGGCCGCAUUAAGAGGAUGUUUUUGGGAAGUGUAAGCAACUACUGCACCAACCAUGUGCACUGCCCUGUUGUGGUUAUUAAACCUAAAGGGGAUUCUUCCGAAUAACCAGGAAACAUGUACAUAUACCAAAGGGAUAUCAGAACCAUAUUUGUGAAUUAUUGUGAAGCUAUGGAAGCAAAAGCAAAGAGUUACUGGUGUGAAAGUGAAAAUAAAUAAGAGCUACAGAAACAUUGGCUAGCUCAGUGCAUGUCUUUGCAUGCACUCUUCUUCAUCUUUAUUUUCUUUUUAACAUGUGGUGUGAAUUGAAUUGUGUUUAGUCAGAAGGUUUACAUUCA